GCGGCCACAGCGAGCUCAGUUGCAACCAGCAGCGCCAACUGCCGCAAGGACACCGCCAACGCUCCAACAACAACCGCAACCUAUGCCCCAACCGGCACGAUGCCCACCUCGGACCGCAACGCCCGCCUCGUCGCUCUGGUCGACGCCGGCGACGCAGAAGGACUACGGGCCGCCCUCGCCGCCCUCUCCCCUGACGCCCGCGCCCAAUUCUUCAAAGGUUCCCUUCCCCUCCACCGCGCUGCCCAGGAAGGCCGGAGGGAGGCGGUGGAGGCGCUCCUCGCCGGGGGAGCUGACCCCGACGCCCGGGGGGAUUUUGGAUGGAGCCCCCUUCAUGAAGCUGCCUCUGGGGGUCAUCGUUCCGUCGUAGACGUCCUCCUGGCGGCGGGCGCUGACAUUACCGCCAGAAACAGCUACGGUUCCCGUCCCCUCCACUGCGCUGCCCAGGGAGGCCGGAGGGAGGCGGUGGAGGCGCUCCUCGCCGGGGGCGCUGACCCCGAAGCCCGGGAUGAUUAUGGUUGGUCGCCCCUCCACAGCGCUGCCCAGGAAGGCCGGAGGGAGGCGGUGGAGGCGCUCCUCGCCGGGGGCGCUGACCCCGACGCCCGGGAUGAUUAUGGUUGGUCGCCCCUCCACAGCGCUGCCCAGGAAGGCCGGAGGGAGGCGGUGGAGGCGCUCCUCGCCGGGGGCGCUGACCCCGACGCCCGGGAUGAUUAUGGUAAGGCGGAGGGAAGCCGAGGACGGCGGCAGUGUUUUGAUCAUUAUUUUUGUAGCUGUUGUUUUUAUUAUUAUUUCUGUUGUUGUUCUUUUUGUUGCAUUUGUUAUUGUUAUCAUUAUUAUUAUUAUCAUUUUCAUUAUUUUUUAACCAUUAUUAUCAUUACUAUUAUUAGCAUUGUUAGCUUUAUUAUUAUUGUUGUUUUUUGUUGUUUUUAUUAGUAGUAGCAUUUUAUCAUUAUUACUUUUUCAUUAUAAUUAUUUUCAUUAUAAUAAAAACAUUAUUUUUUUACCACUUUCAUAUAUUUGAAGCUGGUAUUAGUAUUCAUAGUUUCAUCUCUGAUAUGAAAGCGUUUUCUUAUUUUUUAUUAUAAAAUAUCAGUUGAUUUAUAUUCAAAUUAAUUACUAACUUUAAUAUAUAAAUGUUAUCAUCAUUGUUAUUCUCUUUUAUUAGUAUCACUAUCGUUGUCAUUGUUAUUAUUAGCAUCUAAGCUAUUAUUAUUAUUAUUAUAACUGUAGUUGUUGUUAGCAUUUUCUUCAUCAUUAUUAUGAUGAGAAGGAGGAAUUUUGUGGGUCUUACUAUAGAUUCUGUUCAUCAUUUAUAAUUGUUUGUUUGUUUUUAUCUUCAUUUUAUUUGGCGAUUUGUGGAACGAAACAUCUCGAGAAGAAAUGUCUCGAGAAAAUUGUCUAAUUGGCACCUCUCCUCACAAUGCAGCUCUAUUAGAGAGGAAAAAAGUGGUUUUCAUGGAAUUAUUUUGCGAAUUAAGGGCACCUUGUGACUGUUUCCUUCACAUCCGAUGGUGUUUAUGUGAAGAAGUGGUCUGAGCUUUUGAAUUCCGUGUUUAUGAACGUCAUGUUUCUGUCACUGAGAGCGCGGGUUUUUGGCGGGAGUUGCCAAUUAGUCAAUUUCCCAGAACCGAUUAAUGUGUGCGUGUGUGUCUGGAAAGAGGGAAAGUCUAGUCCAGUUUUUCUACUUCUUGACAGAGUUCCAUCACAAAAGGCAGUCAUUUCCAAGGCAAGAAAUGCACAUCGGCAAUUAUUAUGCGCCACAAUUGGAGGGGCCCUUCCUGUCCCUGCGUUUGCUUUCUUCUUCGUCCCUUUGUCUCUCUCCUCCUCCCUCCCUCUCGGUUACUACUCUCUCUCCUCUUCCUCCCUUCGUCUCCUCUCAUUUACCUCCAUUCCUGUCUUUCUCCAAAUCCUCCCUUGCUUCCUCUUUCUUCUAUCCCAUUCUUUCCCUAUCGACAUUUUCUCUCUCCUCUCUC